UUGUACUUGAAAUUGUACAAGUGGCACUAAACCCGGGUUAGUGGACCACAGGUUGUCCAAUCUAUAUCAGGGGUAUUUUAGUAAUUGGACUCGGGCUGCAAAAGUAGUCGGACACCGGACCGAGUCGUUGCACCAUGCCCCCCGCCGACUCGGCCCGACCCGGGUCGCCUUCUCUGACCCCACGUGGUCCGCUUCCCGCUCUGCCUUACGUUGACUAACGCCGUCGGGGUACCAUAACCCAAGCGAACUCGCUUCAGGAAUGACAUCGUAAUAACGGCGUCUCCGGGUGUGUACGCGGACGGACCGUCCAAAGCACGCCACCGCGCGCACGAGCUUCCGCCAUUGAAGCUUCGUCGAGCGCUUAAAACCUCCCUCCCUCCCCCCUCCUUCUCUAUCCUCCCAAAUCCCCGAAUCCUUGCGGGAUAUGACUGCAAAUUAAGCAAGGGAUUCUCGAUUCUCCUCAAAACAUUCGGGUUUCUUCCCCCUCUAUUUGGUUAGGAAUAGUUUGGGAUUUCAAGUUGGAGAUUGGAUCGAAGCGAUUUCUUGAAUGGUUUGAUCGGUGUGGGUGCUGUAUCUCUCGGAAACUCGGAUUUUUAGGGCUUCCAUCCAAGAUCGGUUCGACUUUGGGAUCAAACUUCAAUGGUUGCAUCUUUUUAAGGGAACUCCUCUCUUCCUCCGGUGCUUCCUCGUCGUCGGCGCCGCCGCCUACGCCAUCGCCAUCUUCGUUUGGUCGUUGAUGGCUUCCAUGGAGACGGCAUCGACGUACUGGUGCCACCACUGCUGUCGCUUCGUCCUCAUUUGGCCCUGGGACGCAGUCAUCUGCCCAGACUGUGGCGGUGGCUUCCUUGACGCGCCUGGCCGCUUUCCUCUUGCCUCCGAGACCGCUACCGAGCCUCGUCGCCGCCGCGUCCCUUCCGCCGUCGACAACAGCUCCGCGGCCGUCGGCCGUCGGCGCCAGUCCUCGGAAAUUAGGUUCCGCCGUAACAAUCGUGCGUCCACUGGCGACCGCUCUCCCUUCAACCCCGUCAUUGUUCUUCGCAGUCCUCCCGUAGGCGGACGACGCGAUGCGGAUUGGACCACCAACAGCAGCUUCGAGCUCUACUACGAUGACGGCACCCGAUCCGGUCUCCGCCCCUUGCCGGAAAGCAUGUCGGAGUUCUUGAUGGGCUCGGGAUUGGAGAGAAUACUCGACCAGCUCUCCCAGACUGAGGUUGACGGAAUCGGCGGUGCGCCUGGUUUCGAGUACUCGCCGGCUUCGAAGGUCGCCAUCGAGUCUAUGCCCACUAUCGAGAUCGCCGAUGGCCAUAUCACGACGGAGUCCCAUUGUGCCGUCUGCAAGGACCCCUUCGAGCUCGGAACUGAGGUCCGUGAGAUGCCCUGCAAACACAUCUACCACCAGGAUUGCAUCCUGCCUUGGCUCUCGCUAAGAAAUUCCUGCCCUCUUUGUCGCCAUGAGAUGCCGACGGAUGUGCAAGAAAUGGAGGACGACGAGCGGACUCAUGUGGCUGAGAACGAGGAGGAGACGGUGGGGCUCACCAUAUGGAGGCUUCCAGGUGGUGGGUUCGCUGUUGGGAGGUUCACUGGUGGCAGGAGAGGCACGGAAAGAGAGCUUCCUAUGGUUUACACAGAGAUGGAUGAAGGAAUUAGGACCGCUGGCACACCGAGAAGGAUAUCGUGGUCCUCAAGAGGAAAUAGAUCCAGAGAGAGUGGAAGAAUUGUUCGGGCAUUCCGCAAUUUCUUCUCCUUCUUCAGGCGUCUUCGAUCUCCUCCUACAUCUUCACUGAGGCUGACCUCCGAGUCUCGCUCUUUCUCAACCACUUCUCUUAGACACAGGAGAUAUCCAUUCUUCAGUAGGAGCUAUCGGGGACAGAGCACAAGUAGGGUAUUGGAGGAUGGUGAUGAUGAUAACUGAGUAGAAAAGUUCAACUUUUUGCUCUUCAAUCCAAUUCCUCUGCAAAACUGUAGUUACUUGAUUCUGCAAAAAGGAUGCAAAUGGUUGCUGGCUGGUAAACAAAAGCUUGAUGCCAAGAUAUUCCUCCCUAGAAUCAUCACUUUGGAUGAUUGGCUCAGGAACUGAGAAGUUGUAGCUUUGCUCACAGUGCAUUGUGAAUAUAAUCAGUGUUGAAAAGGCUCUAGUGAACUUAUAUUUGAACAAGUUUGUCAGAGAUUCCAUGGAAUGCCCAUAAAUACAAGGCAAGGCAAGAUAUGAUUCUCUGUUCCACCUUUCACCAGAAGUGCCUAUGUUCAGUGGACCAUGUCUCAGGGGUUUCUUCAUUCUUUAGUUGACUUGAUACUAUAUAUCUUAUGGGUAGCUUUUGUUCAACCUGGUCAAAGUAUUCAAUGCAUCUUUUAUUACACCACCUUAGUUUUACUUGCUGAUGUUGGUUUUAAUUCUUUGCAUGCAGUUACAACAUGUAAUCUUUUCUAAUGCCUUGUUGUCUUGUCUCUGAUGCAGUGAUGAUGUAAUGACCCAAGCCGAACUCACAACAUUUCUUCUGAUCAGCAAAAAUGGUUGACCCAAGCCGAAGAUUAGCGAUUACAGAUUGUGGAAUUGUAAGGAUCUGAUGGUUUGGCUCUCAUCAAACCCAUUCAAAGUCCAAACAACACUUAAGUCCAUUUGACCACUGUGUAGUGUGGACAUCCAACAGGGAUUUAAGGAGUAGCAUCAUCUUUUCCCCAUUUACUACGUUACAUACUUGCUGAAGCUGCCAUAACCAUGUUGUCCCCACUUACCAUAGUGCAUCAUUCAAAGGACACUGAGUCACUGACUGAGACAUGGGGACACGUUUUAGGUGCCAUCAAGGUGGGUGGCAGCUCAGCUCCAAAAGAGUUAGGUUGUUGGAGACUGAAAUCUCAAAAAAUGCGAUCCAGCAUGACUACUCGGAUUGCAUUGAACUUGUUCGUAUCAAA